UCCAUGCUACCGGAGUUGAAACUUGCUAACCACCUAGCAUGACGGCUGGCUGCUAAACGGGGGCAGUCUGAGACGAAGGGAAGUUCUGCAUGACCGCACACCGAAAUGCACGAGGGAGGCUUGGGGGGUGCUCGUAGCGACCCGGGGGUCUUUCCACAGUGAACGGUGCCUGGUGGUCUCGCCGUGAUGUACCCGUUCGGCUGCGACGCACAGACCUCCCUCCUGGACCUGUUCGCCUUCUUCAAGCAGAGUUUGCAGCAGGCAGAGUGGGAACUGGCCAGCGCCUGCGUGCCCCAGCUGGUCACCCCUCCCGGAGGACACGCAGAAGAUGUGAAGAACAUCAUCAAAGCCAUCAUCUCGCGCCCUUACAAGUUGAAAUGGCGCUCUGUGGGCACGCCACACAAGCUGGCCUGGUUCUGGCUUCAGGUGCUGGAGAACUGCACCGAGGAGCGGGUUUCCAAGGUGACCAGGAUGGAGCUGGAGUUCCUGCUGCUCCUGGAGGAGCUGGGGGAGGAGGGCAUUCAGGAGACGGCGCUCAAGGAGCUGCACGGCGUCUUUCUGGAGGGCCAGUCCCGGCCGGAGGGGACGGGCGUUUCCACGGCGACCGCCGCCUGCGUGGAGUCGACCCUGCGGACCCUGCUGGAGCGCAGGAGGCCCACCCUGGCCCAGGCCCUGGCCCGCUUCCUCCAGGCCUCUUCUCCUGGGGGCCUCAGUGUCUCCGCCCUCCAGGGCCCCUUCAUCCACCACCUGCUGGAGCGCCUGAGGGGCCCCGACCGGAGCCCCGCGUGGGCGGAGGAGGUCUGCGGCGUGCUGGGCGCCCUGCCCUGGGGCUCGGAGCGUAGCGGGGCCGCUCCCCCGGUCCCGGCCCCGGUCCUGGCCCUGUGCGAGGAGCUGUGGGGGGUCCGGGGGGGUCCCCUGACGGAGGAGCGCGUGCUGAGCGCUCUGCUGCGGCCCCGCUCCGACGCCCUGGUGGGGGCGUACAGCGCCACCGCCCUGCGGCUCCAGAGGGACCACCUGCUGAGGGCCACGCCCGGGCUGCCAGUCGAUCUCCCCGAGGCAGAGAGGCUGGUCCUAAGCUUGUGUUGCCAUGAAGACCGCCAAUUAGCGUGGAAGACCAUUUACUUUGAGUGCCUCAGCAGUGGGAAGCACUUCCUGGAGCAGGUUCUGGUGACGGGUCUGGACCUCAUCAAGCGGGAGGAGUUCUCCUGGCUGGAGGUGCUGCUGAAGCAGGAGUUCCAGCCGCUGUCCCGCCUGCUGCUCCUGCUGGGAUGGACCCACUGCCACAGCCUCCGCUCCGCCCAGAGCCUGCUCCACACCCUCCACCUUCAGCAGCCUCCGGCCAACGACUCUGUUCUGCAAGAAUUUGCCAACUUCCUGUCUUCACAGCUGACCGUGCUGGAGUGGUGCAAACUCAACCACCCGGCGGUGUCCAUGGAGUCCCUGGUGGGCCAGCUCCACACGCUGGACCACCACUCUGCCCUGUACCUGCUGCACACCCUGACCCCGCUGGCACGCCUCCCGGAGAACCGGGUGCUGGCGCUGCUGCAGCAGCUGCUGCCACGGCAACCGGGGAGAGACGACGUGGAGGGGAUCAGAACGGCCGACGCGGCGGUCCACAGGAACGUGGUUCUGUUCCAGGGCUUCUGUGCCAUGAAGUACGCGGUGUACGCCCUCUGCCUGAGCACCCACAAGUACUCCGGCUGCACCCAAUGCACGGGCGCUGAGCUGCAGGACGCGGACCACGGAAGGACACCUGCAGAACGGUACGAGCAGGUGUUCCAGCACUACCUGUCGGAGGUGCAGCUCUACCUGGAGGUGGUGCCCGCCCUGUUCCGCCUGGAGCUGCUGGAGAACAUCUUCUCCCUCCUCUUCCUCUCCAGCGCCGACUUCCUCCAGCCCGGCCAGAGAGACCCGGCCUCCGCCUCCGCCUCCACCUCCGCCUCCACCUCCACCAGCCCCGGAGCCCCAACAACACCCAAAUCACAGAAAAAGACCUCAGACUCUGGAGCCCCCAGAGAGGAGGUGGUGGAGGAGGAGGAGGAGGAGGAAGAGGAGACGGUGGGUAAACCGGUCGGCCUGGCAGCAGCGGCCCACAGCAGCUACCUGGACCUGGGCCACCUGACGCGGGGCUGCAGGGGGUUCCUGGUGGACGCCGGGGCCAUGGAGGGCCUCCUGCGGCUGCUGAAGGAGGGCCUGGAGGGGCUGUGCGUGGUGGGCCAGGAGGAGGGCCGCGCCCCCCCCGGGGAGGCGGAGGCGGCGGAGAGCCUGGGCUGCUCGGUGACGCCGCAGACGUUCGGGGCGCGCCUGCAGCGGCUGACGAAGCGCACGGCCGAGGCCCGGUGGAGGCUGCAGAUCGUCACCAGCAACCAGGCGGCCGGUUCGGAGAAGGCCUUCCAGAGCGCGGGGCCGGCCUGUCCCACGACCCCGACCCUGAGCCGGGGCUCCGGCUCCAGCCUUAGGAGGAGGAGGAGGCGGCUGGGGCGACGGACCUCCACGGAGAGAACCAACCGAGAGGCUAACGCUAGCGCUAGCCCCCCAGGUGGUGGAGGUGGAGGAGGUGGUCGAGGAGGUGGUGGAGGAGGAGAUGGAGGCGGGGGCUCCGAGGGCGAUGAGUGCCCGUGCGGAGGUCCCCACAGCUGGCUGGUGCCGGCCAUGCUGGCGCCCCCGGACUCUCUGCUCAUAUCCUGCAUCCAGAGGGGGAACUUCAUGGAGGCGCAGCAGGUGUCUCAGGUGUUCGGUCUGGAAGGCUCCGAGUGCUACGGAGAGCUGGGCUUCAUGGAGCGCUACCAGGAGGUGCUGCAGGAGCUGGCGCGUGUGGAGCAGAAGAUGGAGACCCAGUCCCUGUCUCCCUCCUCCUCCUCGUCUGAGGGGGGCGUGGCCUCUGUGGGCGUGGCCUCCGGUGGGCGGAGCCGGCUGGGGAGCAGCGGGAGGUCGACCCUGCAGGCCAUCGGCAGCGCGGCCGCCGCCGGCAUGGCCUUCUACUCCAUCUCAGACAUCGCUGAGCGGCUCCUCAGCACCCCGACCCAGCCCAUCCCGUCCCUGGAAGAGGGCUACUGGCUGGGCCGCUGCCCCCCGGACCACCCCCACCAGCCGGCGGUGCAGGCCCUGCUGGAGGAGCUCAGCCCCCCGGCCAUGGCGGCCUUCGACCUGGCCUGCUGCCACUGCACGCUGUGGAAGACCUCCAGGCAGCUGCUGGACACCGCCGAGAGGAGGCUGAACGCCAGCCUGGAGGCCCGCGGGGUCCGGGCGGACCCUCAGCUGCCCCGCCCGGGGGGCAUCGUCGGGUUCCCCGCGGUGCUGCAGCAGGUCAGCAAGAUCCUCAACCACACCGCCAGCAACAAGGGCUCCCCCAAGACCGAGUCCUCGGGGGAGGAGCCGGUGGACUCCAGCCCGUUCGGCUGCUGUAUCCAGGAGGUGCUGCUGUCCUGCCAGCCCACCCUGACCCAGGAGGGGCUGGUGUCCCGGCUGGGCCUCACCCAGCGCCUGGAGCAGACGGUGCUGACCCUGACCGCAGCCACGCACAACCCCGACGGUCUGACAGGAAGUGCCCUGCUGGCGGCACUGAUGGAGCAGGCGGGGCUGAAGCAAGCGGAGCUGGACGCCCACCCGGUGCGGUCGGGCAUGAAGCACAUUCUCCGGGCCCUGGACCAGCUCUGCCCCUCAGACCCAGACGGGACUGCGGCCUCGCCCGACGGGACCGCGGCCUCGCCCGACGGGACCGCGGCCUCGCCGCCCGACUACAUGCGCACCUUCCUGGACUACGUCAACACCAUGGCCGCCGUGCUGGUGCGCAGCCUGAGCCCCGAGGACCAGGCUGAGGUGAAGCUGGGGAACCCUCUGCUGGUACUCCUGCAGAACCCGUCCCAGCUGCUGUCCCACCUGCUGUUCGACAGACAGGUGUCCCCUGAGAGGGUGCGGUCUCUCCUGCAGCAGGCCAGCCUCCAUCUCAGCGUGGAGGAGGUGAUCCUCCAGCGGUGCUGUGAGCCCAUGCCCAUCUGGUCCACGCACCACUCCUCCGGUCCCCAGCCCCCGGGCCCGGACCCCCACCCCGACCCGGAGCGGCUCAAGCCAGGGGAGGACACCGGGGGGCUCUUCAACGUGGCCAGCAUGACCUCCUUGCUCCACCAGCUCCUCCCCGAUCACAUGACCACCCUGGGGGACCCCUCGCCCCCGCCCAAACCCGGCUCCGUCGACUGCUCCGAGGCCUCCCUGGACACCAGCACCUCCAGCUCCCCCCUCAGCCCCUCCAGCUCCCCGCCCUCCUUCUCCUCCUCCUUCUCCGUGUCACUCUCCUCCUCCGCCAACGUCUCCUCCUCCUCCUCCUCCGCCAACAACCCCACCUCCUCCCCCGUCUCCUUCCUCCUCACCUCCUCCACCCUGGCCUUCCUGAAGAGCCGCUGCCCCCUGCUGGCGGCGUUGGCCUGUCUGAGCGCGGCGCCCCGCGCGGGGGAGGCCUCGCGGGCCCCGCCCUCCGGCUGGUCCGGCAUCUUCCGCACGGGCCGCAAGGACCAGGCGCUGGACCCGGAGCAGGUGGCCCGCGAGGCGGACGCCCUGCUCCGCGAGUUCCCCGUCCUGCAGGCCUACCUCCGCGCCGUGGCCGGGCCCGUCCUGGGGCCGGACGCCGCCGCCGCCGCCGCCGCCGCCGAGGAGGGGGGGGGGCUCGGCGCCGCUCUGUGCGGGAAGCCCCUGGUCGGCCUGCUGCUAGGCGGGCCCCAGGGGGCCGGGGCCCAGGCGGUGGCCCUGGACGCCUUCCGGCAGGCCCUGGUGACGCGGGACCUGGGCCGGGCCCUGAGCCUGCUGGGGCUGUACGGGAGAGGGGGCCGCCAGGAGGGGGCGCUCAGGGACCGCCUGCUGGCCUGCGCCGCCCUGGAAGAUGGAGAGGAAGACGGCAUCAGACAUCUGUUCAGGGUGAAGGACCCCGGGCUGAGGGCUCGGGUUGCCCUGCAGGCCCUGGAGAGGUGGCCGCUGGGUGCCUGUCUGGAGCUGCUGGAGUUCUGCCUCAACGACCCCGACACGGGGCCCCCCCUGAGGGCCGACCUGGAGGGCCGGAGGACGGAGCUGGACAUCUACCGAUGGAUGUUGCACCUGAAGCCAGCGCUGCCAUGGGCCACCUGGCAGGACCUCAGGAACCAGUCUAGGAAAGAUUCUGAGAAACUGUUCACCAUCAUGCUGCAGCACAAGGAGUUCGAGCUGUGCGGGGCGUGGCUCCAGCUGUUCCCCGUGUCGGACCCCCUGCGGCUCCAGCUGCAGACCGAACACCUGCUGCACCUGCUGGACAGCGGGCUGACUGAGGAGGCCCACCUGCUGCUGGAGGGCGUGCAGGACGUGGGCCUGGAGGUGUGUGAGCGCGCCCUGGACCGCCGGCCGGGGUUCGCAGCGUGUCACUUCCUGGCCGACCACCUGACCCUCCACUUCCAGAGUCAGGUGACCCCCUCCAGGCGGCGGCACAUCCAGGCCCUGCACCUGGGCUCCAAGGUUCUGCUGGCGCUGCCGGCCGAGGCCAGACAGGACUACUUCCCGCUGCUGUCGGAGCCGCUGCUGAUCCUGGAGCAGCUGCUGAUGAACCUGAAGGUGGAGUGGGCGGGCGUGGCGGUGGCCACGCUGAGGGCCCUCCUCCCGGGGCCCGACGCCGGGGUCCGCCUGCAGGACGUGGACGCGCUGCUGGCCGGCUACGCCCGCAAGGCCCUGGACUUCCCCUACGCUCCCCGCGAGAGGGCCCGCUCCGACUCUGUGCUGAGCCUGCAGGAUGGACUGCUCCAGUGUCCAGCCCAGGACUCCUCCUACUCCUGCAGGCCAGACUCCCCUGCCGACUCCACCGGCUUCUGCUGUGUCCCCCUCCACCCCUUCGCAGGAAGCACCCCCACGCACGCCUCCUCCGUCAGCAGCGCGGAGCGCGACAAGGACCGGGCGUCGGCGGGGCGCAGCCGGCGGGCCGAGGGGCAGUUCCAGCCCCCGCCGCACCCCCCCGCCCGCAGGGACUGGGUCCCGGACACCCAGCAGGACAGCUGCAUGGUCUGCAGCCGGGAGCGCUUCACCAUGUUCAACCGGCGGCACCACUGCCGGCGCUGUGGCCGCCUGGUGUGCCAGGCGUGCUCGGAGCACAAGAUGGCGAUCGAGGGCAGCGGGGAGGAGGGGGCGCGCGUCUGCGACCAGUGCUACGCCUUCUUCCACUGCGAUUCUGAUGAUGAACUGGAAGAAGCUGAAGUGGGGUCCCCAGGCUCAGGCUCGGGGGAGGACUGCGUGCUCACCCUCCCGGAGGUGGUCCAACGGCAGGUCCGGCUCAGCUCCAGGCCCUCGGAGAACCAGCUGCUGAGGAGCGAGUUCUACUUCGAACAGGCCCCCAGCGCCCACCUCUGUGUGGCCAUCCUGUCCCUGCACAGCGACCAAUCAGAGUGCGGCCAGCAGCUGAUUGGCCACUGCCGCGCCCUGUCCCGGAAGCUGAACCACGCGGAGGUGGACGCGGGCCUGCUGACGGACGUCAUGAAGCGGCUGCUCUUCAGCGCCAAGCUCAUGUUCGUCAAGGACGGCCGCAGCCACGACCUGCCCCUGUGUGACAGCUUCAUCAGUAAGGUGGACGUGCUGAGGAUCCUGGUGAGGGCCAACUACCGGCCCAUCCCCUCCCUGGAGGACCUCCUGGAGACCCCCGCCGUCACCCGCCUCAGGAACCAGCUCCUGGAGGCCGAGCACUACCAGCUGGCCGUGGAGGUGUCCACCAAGAGCGGUCUGGACCCCAGCGGGGUGUGGCACGCCUGGGGCAUGGCCUUCCUGAAGGCGGGCCGGCUGUCGGCCGCCCGCGAGCGCUUCUCCCGGGUCCUGAAGCCGCCUCUGGACCGGAACCAGCUGAGCCCGGGGCCCCCGCUGCUGCAGGAGAUCGUCCAGCAGCUGGAAACCACGCUGAGGCCCCGCCCCUCCAUGCCGUUCAGCGAGGACAUCCUGGCGUCGCUACGGGAGCUGGAGGAGGUCCUGUCGGACCCGGGCGCGGCGGAGCGCCCGGACCCCCCUGCCCCGGACCCGCGGCUCCACCAGGAGGCGCUGCACUACCUGACCUGCUACGGGACGCACCUGGCGCUGGUCUGCUUCUACAUGCGCCACGACCGCAUGAGGGACGCCCUGAGUCACCUGCUCAGCAAGGAGUGUCCCGACGAGGUGUUCCUGGACGGGGUCCUGCAGCCCAGCCUGGAGCGGGGGGCCCUGGGCGCGCUGCAGGGCCUGCUGGAGAGCCUGGACCCGGGGCUGGAGCUCUGCAGCCGCUACCUCAUCGCCUCCUGCCAGCUGCUGCAGCGGAGGCGCCACUUCCACACGCUGUACCAGCUGCAAAAGUUCAUGACGGAUCACGUGCGGGCCGCCAUGACCUGCAUCCGGUUCUUCUCCCACGGGGCCCAGUCCUACACUCAGCUGGGGGAGCAGCAGCGCUGGCUGGUCCGGGCCAAGGAGCACCUGAGGACGUACCUGCAGGAGCAGCAGGGCCGGGGGUCCGUGGCCCGGAGGAGGUCCCCGGUCUCCUCCUUCAGGAAGCCCAUGUCCUCCAGCGACGUGUCCAGGCACAUGAGCACCGUGGAGCUGCAGCUGGAGGUGACCCGCUUCCUCCACCGCUGCGAGGCCGCCGCCUCCAAGGCCGCCGCCCACUCCCCCGUCCCCAAGGCGACGGGCUCCCCCAGCGCCCCCCCCACCCUGUUCGGGGGCACCCAGAUGAAGGCGGAGGUGGCCUGCAGGGUGAUGCUGGGCGGUAAGAACAUUGAGGAGGGCUUUGGCAUCGUCUACAGAAUCAUCCAGGACUUCCAGCUGGACGCCCAGGCGGUGUACGUGCGUGCGGGCCAGCGGCUGGCGCGGCAGCGGCAGUACGCGGCCAUCCGACAGCUGCUGAAGUGCGUGGGCGAGUCGGGGACGGCCACCAAGAACGACGGCGACGCCAUCGUCCUCAGCUGCCUGUCGGUGGCCGAGAAGCCCCCCGCCGACGCCAAGGAGUUGGAAGUUCUCAUCUCUGAAAUCAAGAGCCCGGAGAACAAGGUAAGAUUUUAUUCAGAUCACGUCAGGGAUGAAAACUGAGACCUUGUGACAUAAUUUGAUUGAAACCGUUUCAGUCAUAGUCUGAUUCCGAGUAAUUCUCAUUCCCUUCAUUUUCUACGGCUUCUAACAUUAUGCAGUCAGUCACAGAUAACUCGGCUUGAUGUAGCCAGAAGGCCCAUAUUCUAUCCAUUUUAUCGAAGAAGAACGAAGAAAAGCUUGGUUUGUUUCAACUAUGGCUGGUCCCAAUGUUCCGAAAAACCUCAGAAUCAACAUUAUGUACCGCGGACGUACCGCGAAGAAACGGCAGCACAGUGCGGCUAAGUUUUUCACUUCCUGUCCUCCUGGAGGGAGGCCUUGGUCAGACUGUCCUCAUGAUGCAGGGAAACACAGCUCAGUACCCAGACGCCCCCUCACCCCCUACAAAGGAACCGGUGGAUCUCUGGGACGAGGUUUGGCCCCCUCACCCUCUACAUAGGCCCCCGGUGGGUCUCUGGGACCAGGUCUGGCUCCGGUCAGACUGUGAAGAUUGGAUCUGCGUUGUAGUCUCUGCUGAGUCAUGCAGCAGACGGCGCGUUCCUCCAGAGACAGACGCGUGACGGUUUAGACAAACGGCCCCAGCACGAUCCACAGAAGCUCUGUGAAACUUCCAAGAGCUUCACGACCUCGUUUCUGGAGACACAACUGAACAGAGGGCAGAGUAGCUGUAGGAAUCCGUUGUACCAGAAUAGUAAGGUUAUUAAUAACACAAAAAACAUUCAAAGGAGAACGGUAGACACAUCGAGGACAGUGGUAUUCAUCUCCCAGCCGAUUGAUCGUUUUAUCCGGGUUUGAUUGCUGAUGUCUGA